AUUGAUAUCAUAAUUAAUGGCAACAUAUAGCAUUAUGGCUGAGACUUCAAGCUGUGUGAGGGAAUUAAGGCCACCUGUGACUACUCAUGUGCCAAGCAUUUGGGGAGAUACUUUCUCUAAUUACUCUUCUUUAGAAAACCAGGAACUAGAAAAGUACAAAGAAGCAAUUGAAGAAUUGAAGAAAGAAGCAAGAGACAUGCUAACGGAAAAAACAACUCCUAUCAACCAAUUGAUAUUAAUCGACACGAUUGAGCGGUUGGGAUUAGCCUAUCUUUUUGAGACCGAAAUCGAACACAAACUCCAACAAAUCAAACACAACAAUAACGACCUUUUUCACCAAUCCGAUUUAUUCACUACAUCACUUGGAUUUCGCUUGCUCAGGCAACACCGCCACCAUAUUUCUUGUGAUGUUUUCAACAAGUUUGUUAACAAGGACGGUAUGUUUGAAGAAGGCGACGUUGAGGGAAUGUUAAGCUUGUAUGAAGCAGCUCAUGUUCGUUUUCGCAACGAGAAGAUACUACAAGAGGCUGCAGAUUUUACCAGGCGUUACUUGAAACGCAACGAAGCAGAGCUGGAGUCUGGCCUUAAAGAUAGAGUGAAACGGGCUUUGGAGCGCCCGCUUCAUAGAGAUAGAUCCAUCUUCUACGCGCGGAUUUACAUCUCUAUUUACGAAACGGAUCCCUCAAGAAAUGAACUUGUUCUCAAACUAGCAAAAUUUAAUUUCAAUUAUUUGCAGAAAAUACACAGGAAAGAACUCUCCCAGCUCUCCAGGUGGUGGAACGAAUUAGAUCUGAAAUCAAAAUUACCAUAUGCAAGAGAUCGAUUGGUGGAGGCCUAUGUUUGGGGUGUUGGAUAUCAUCAUGAACCUCAGUACUCUUUUGUUCGAAUUGGAAUCGCCAAAGCCGUUCUAAUCGCUGGAGUUAUGGAUGAUAUGUAUGAUAAUUAUUCUACAAUCAAUGAAGCUCAACUUUUUACUCAAAUCUUAGACAGGUGGAAUAUGGAUGAAGUUGAUCGUCUCCCUGAACACAUGAAAACUGUUUACCAUUUCAUUUUGAGUACAUGCGAAGAUUAUGAACGCGACGCACUCAAAUUUGGGCAAGCCUUUGCAACUCCUUAUUUGAAAGAAACGGUGCAACAACUUGGAAGGGCUUACAAUCAAGAGCUAAAUUGGUUUAUGGAAAGACAAAUGCCUCCAUUUGAAGACUAUGUUAAAAACUCCGAGAUAACCAGCGCCAUUUAUAUGAUGUUUGCUUUCACUAUUCCUGGUUUGAAAUCUCUGAGUCAAGAAACAAUUGAUUGGAUGAAGAGUGAGCCCGAAAUCGCAAUAUCAAGUGGUCUUACCGGUAGAUAUUUGAACGAUAUCGGCUCUCAUGAGCGCGAGAGUAAAGGAGGCCAAAUGUUGACUGUAGUGGAUUGCUACAUGAAACAACACGGCGUAACAAAGCAAGAGGCGCUAUCAAAGUUUGCACAACUAUAUGAGGAAGAAUGGAUGGAUCUAAACAAGGAAUGGGUCGAGACAUCGUUCGUGUCUACAGAAAUCGCAAUUCAGUUUCUCAACCACGCUAGAAUGAUCGAUGCGAAUUACAGCAACAAUAAUGGAGACGGGUACACAGAUCCUCAAAAGGGCAAGUCGAAUGUUGUUGCUCUCCUUAUCGAUCCAAUACUCAUCUGAAUUAGUAUAAGUUUGUUAGGAGACGUCCUAAAUCUAUUGUGUAAUAUAUCAUAAUCGUUUGAGUUAAUAAGUUUGCUAGGAGACGUCCUAAAUGUAUUGUGUAAUGUAUUGUGUAAUAUAUCAUACUCAUUUGAGUUAAUAAGUCAGCUAGGAGAUGUCCUAAA